AUGGUGUUCGGCGUUCUCCUCCUUUUGACUGUCAUUAUAGAUGUGGCAGUCUCCAUUCAGGAGGCUACUAUUACAAAUGCUAUUCCAAGAGGACUUCGGUUUAAAGUACCAGAUGAAGGGUUCACAUUGGUAGCCUUACACUUCAGCAUCAACAAACCAGUACCAGGUACUCAGGCGGGCGAUGUCAACGUGGACAUUAACUCUCCAACAAACGGAUUUUUCGUGUAUACAAACACAGGAUUUACUGUGAAUCCUGGAGAUGUGGUGAACUAUUGGGUUUAUGGUCUAAAGAAUGGAAAUGGGGAACAGAAACUAGAUCUCUCCUAUACAGUACCAGGAACAGGCACGGGAACGGGCAAUGGCACAGGAACAGGUACCGGAACAGGGACCGGGACAGGCACGGGAACAGGAAAUGGCACAGGAAAUGGCACAGGAACAGGUACCGGGACAGGAAAUGGCACAGGAUCAGGAAACGACACAGGAUCAGGAACAGGAAGUGGAACAGGCACCGGAACAGGAAUCUUUAAUAAUAUUCAAUGUUCUCCAGGUAGGACUUGCACGCCAACACAGCCCUGUUUGGUACUGGAAGACAACUUUGACACUCUUGACCACGAAGUGUGGGAACACGAGGUCACCGCAGGAGGAGGUGGGAAUUGGGAGUUUCAGUACUACCAUAACAACAGGUCCAAUAGCUACGUCAGAAACGGAGUACUCUACAUUAAGCCAACGUUAACUUCAGACCGGUUUGGAGAGAGUUUCCUGACUUCUGGGACUCUAGAUCUUUGGGGUCAAUGUACUAAUAAUGCUUGGUAUGGAUGUAGUCGUACCGGAUCCCCCAACAAUAUCAUCAAUCCAAUACAGUCAGCCAGACUCCGCAGCUCUAGGGGCUUUAACUUCAAGUAUGGCAAGGUCGAAGUCAGGGCCAUGAUGCCCGUUGGUGAUUGGAUAUGGCCUGCGAUAUGGAUGCUGCCAACAAGGAACGCGUAUGGGACAUGGCCUGCUUCCGGUGAAAUUGAUAUCGUAGAGAGUCGAGGUAAUCGAAACUUAAGGAAUUCUAGGGGUGAUAGCAAAGGUGUGGACAGCUUCGGCAGUACUCUUCACUACGGGCCAAGUCCAGCUUACAACCGCUGGUACACAACACAUGUUUCAAGAACAAUUAGCAAUGGACACUUGGGUGAUAAUUUCCACACAUACGGAAUGGAAUGGACAGCUGACCACAUUAAGUUUUACUUCGACGGCGUUGAAACAUUAGAUAUUUCCCCGCAAGCUAAUGGAGGGUUCUGGAAAUACGGUAAUCUCGACCAGACAGGCGUCGAGAACCCUUGGAGGGCCAAUAGCAAGAUGGCACCAUUUGACCAGAAAUUUCACUUGAUCAUGAAUGUUGCCGUGGGAGGUGUGACUGGCUUCUUCACGGAUGGCUCUAUCAACUCUCCACAUCCUAAACCGUGGAUGAAUUCGUCCCCUCGUGCCUCCCUAGAUUUCUGGAACGCUAAAAAUAACUGGUAUCCAACCUGGAACCCCUACCAACGUAACGGUGAGGAUGCAGCUAUGAAAGUAGACUAUGUUAAAGUGUGGCAAUUAGACGGAACUGUGUAA